AUGACCAUCCUCCACUUCCCGUUCAACGGCUAUGUCUUCAAGCGCCAGGCCGAAUUCCCCAUCUUGCGACAGUAUGGACUGGUGCCGCUGCCGCCCACGCGUCCACUUCCGGAACCGCUGCGUACCGAGGUGGACAGCAUGACCAUGCAGAUCUUGGUGGACCGCAGCGCGUCCCAGGAGAUGCUGUUCGCCGCAGACGACCUACGUCGCGCAGCCAUUCCCGAGACCUGGGAAAUUGACCGGUCGUUCCUCCUCACCCUCGACCUCAAGCUCCGGCAAGCGCUUGAGGAGCGCCAGGCGGCCGAGGAGGUGCAUGAGGCUACGGCCCAGGCGCAGGUGGCGCGACUGGCUGCCGCUGCUGCUGCUGUCCGGCAAGCCCCCGCUGUGAUCCCCGUGGGUGCCGCUAAGGGCGCGGCCGUAACGAUGAUUGAGCAAGUCAAGAUCAAGACGGCAAUCGUUUGA